CUAAAACUCAUCAAAAAUUAUUAAUGAUAAUUGAAUCUAUAAUAUCAGAUUUUAUUGAAAGUGAAAAUUCUUUACCACAUUAUGAUAUUCAUUUAGCUAAUUAUAUUAAUGAAUAUAAUUUAUCAAGUGAUGAUUUACCGG